AUGGCGGACCAAGAGUGGGAGGAGACCUAUAGGGCCAUUUCUAGGUCACUAGGUACAAGUCCUGAUACAAAUACCGACUUUUCAUUACCUCUUCUCGACGUUGGACUGUCAGGGUAUGGCCAGGAAGAGACAAUCUCUCCAAGCAUACUCCAAACUUCAACUGCGCCACCAAAGAUUGGCAAUCGCUUCUCCUCAGAGGCUGUGAAAAUCUUGAGAAAUUGGUUUGCAAGUCAUGAACGUCAUCCUUAUCCAACGGUUGAAGAUAUCCAGAGUCUACAGAAUCAGACUGGUCUUGGUCGUCAGCAGAUUACAAACUGGUUUGCAAACACCAGACGGAGAGCCAAGGCUCAUCUUUCAAGACCUGCAUCUCCAAUGUUUCGAAACGAUGGAGAGGGACAUUCUUCAGGACAUCAUACACCCAUCGAUACACCUCGUCGACGACCAACGCCAGCGCCAUUCGAGCAUAUGAAUCCUCUACAACGAUGGGAGAAUUCACCACCCGAACACGAAGCAGCCACCGUUCACGAUAUCUCUCGCGCUGUCGCAGCCUUUUCUGAACGUCCACGUGGUCGCAUAAAGUCCCGAAGCAAUGCUUCGUCUGUCAGCAGCACGGGAACGUCUGGUUCAAGUCGUGAUUCUGGUUCUUGCAGUUCAGCUCACUCUCAUCCGUCGCGACAAUCUUCUACGUCCUUCGACCUGUUCCAAAGACGCCACAGUCGACGACGAAGAGCCAGAAUACGACGUCAAGAGGUCAGGACAAAUCUGUUGCAGGCUCAAAACACGUAUCAGUGUACGUUUUGUACAGAAACCUUCAAGACAAAGUACGACUGGCAACGGCAUGAAAAGUCUCUGCAUCUGUCUCUGGAGAACUGGGUAUGUUCUCCAAAAGGGCCUACAGCGAUUCAUCCUGAAGAAGGCCUGCUAUGUGUGUUUUGUGGCAUUAGAAACCCAGACAAAACUCAUCUGGACGGACACAAUCAGAGCGCCUGCAUUGAACGACCAAUUGAGGAACGAACAUACCACCGAAAAGAUCAUCUUCAGCAGCAUUUGAGACUGGUCCAUGCAUCCAAGUUUCUGAAAUGGCCAAUGGACGAGUGGAAAGUCAUGACGCAAGAGAUUCGUUCUCGCUGUGGCUUCUGUGGGAUCAAUCUCAUGACAUGGGCCAACCGAGUUGAUCAUUUAGCGGACCAUUUCAAGGCCGGAAGUACAAUGGAACACUGGAAAGGGGAUUGGGGGUUUGAUACCAAGAUUAUUGACAGGAUCGACAACGCGAUGCCUCCAUACCUUAUUCAUCACGAACGCAACUCUCCGCUUCCGUUUGCUGCGACAAAAGGACCAGCAGAUACGCCAACAAGCGCCUAUGAGUUGAUCAAGCUUGAAUUGGAGUACUACAUGAGAAACACAUUCCACGCAUUCGGCAGUCUACCUCAAGAUCCUGAGCUUCACUUUGAAGGAUGUUCUGUCAUUCUCGGAGCAGAAAUCAUCUCCCCAAACCCAGCUUCGUCUGCUCCGUCGUGGUUAUGGGAUAUCUUCAUGUCUUGCACAGAAAUUGCCAAUCAAGCAAGACUAAGACCAACGAAGCAGCUUGCAGAAUCACGACUCAGUCAACUGAAGAUCAACGGAAAAGGCAACAUCUUUGAGAAUUGCGAACUCGAGGCUGCGUUGCGU